AUGGCCGUUGCACUCGACGAAGAGGUGCAGCUGCAUCUUGCGUUGCGCGACGAGGUGGGGCGAUCAUUUGUGAGCUCGAGGGACCUGUUCGACGCCGCCGCUAACGGGGGAAAAGGCUUCUCCACCGUCGUGCGGUCGAAAACUGAUGGGGUACGAGCGAUGUCGACGGAGAGGCUCGCCCUUCCGUCCCUGGAGGUAGACGUGUUCAUGCGCGACGAGACGACGUUAGAUGAGCCCACAUUGGUCGUGCUGGGCGCGUUUCACCUCGCGGAUCUGUCAAGGGACGACGUCUGGUGCGGAAGCAUGCUGAACAUUUGGAGCCGUGUUUCUAACUUGGACGUGCAUCGGGCGGUUGACCGCGAACAAUGGCUUCUCGCUCGGUUCCAACGGGACCGCCGGACUGAGAUUAUGUCUGUUUUCCUGUCGGCCGUUCUGCAUUUUGGAGGGUGGCUCUACAUUUCGUAUCUGGAUGGCGAGCUGAAGCGCUUGUUGAGGAGGAACUUGUUUCCAUUUAUUGGACCGCUUCCGCAAAUCCCAGCGGUUGUCCUUCGAGAUGGCGGCGCCGCCGGCCGCUGGAUUCGCGAGGUCGGCCUGGAAUGUUUACAGAAGGACGUCAUCCUGGCGAUGUUGAGCUACAUCGCGCAGCACAAUUCUUCGCGUAGGGCGGCCACGGCGGGCGCUCCCCGCGUGUGGAACGUUAUCAUGGCGCGCGGCCGGCUGCCGUUGGCGUCGCGCGAAGAGAUCGCGCGCCAGCUCACUUUGCGGUAUGACUACCCGCGGCGCGUCGCUGCGGACUUCGCCAGACGGGCUCACGAGUCGGAGCUAUCGCGGCGGCGCCGGUGGCCCGCGCCGUGGGAGGAGGCGGCGGUCGCCGCCGACGCCGCGCGACGACUGGCCCAACAAUUAGCGCAAGCGCCGGCGCCGGCGCCGGCCGCCUCGCGCAGGGCGCGAAGGGCCAGACGCCCGGCGGCCAGAGGGCCGCGUCAAGCUACUCUGAGAGACUACUUGAUUGCGAGUCCUGGCGGCGUGAGACCGCGCAUGCCAAGAGGGCGGACGGUCGCCGCCGCGCCCGCGCCCAGCGCGUCGGAGGCGCUGGAGGCCCAGCGUCGCGAACUCGCAGCGCAUAAUGAGCGCCAGAUUGCGCGCGACGAGGCUUACGCGCGCCGGAUCUACGAGGCCGAGGCAUCGGCCGCCGUGGCUCCGAACGCGCCCGCGCCCGCGCGGGAACGGUCGCCGCCGCCGCGCACGCGCCCGCGCCCCGCCGCAACACCGACGCCUAAUCGCCAGCGGCGGCGAACGGGGUCACGGUCGCCCAAUCGCGGUGGUUAG